AUGUUUACGUUAAUCCCAUCCCGGCUCUGUUUCUCAGUACUAGUAAAUCAGGUGGCUUCGGCUUCACUUGAGCUCCGCAACACUGGCAGAGUGGCAUUUUCUUUCGUUUGGACUCCUGAGAAAACCGCGUUUGACACGUCCAAUGACGUCUUGAUCAGGAAUGACAGUGGCAUCGUCUCGUUUCCAGCCGAUACAGCAGUAGGCGGCGUCGAUGACGGUGAAGCUUCUGUCCAGGAGUUGGAACAGCGUCUUUGCCGGCGGGUGAUGGCACAGUACAUCAACGAGACUCUCUUACAUCUCGUGGACAGUUUAUCGUACAGCCACAUGCCAGACCAACGUGUGGAACGGGCGAAUAUCCAAGCAUACACAUUUGAGCACGUCAAUUCAUUCUAUCGCGUAGACGGUUCGGAGGCGAUUAUAAAGGAAUUUACAAAGAUUCGUGACGACGUCCGAGCCUUCAAGGAAGCUCUGCCAUCCGAAGAAACGAACAAUGGCGGUCCUCCGCAUCCAGCGUGGUCGCACCACGGGCCAAAAAAUGCCCAUCCUGGGACUGACGAGUCACUAUCACUUGCGCUGUUGUUCGACGAAAUCUUCAUGCUGGACGACAUUCAUCUGGAGGAGAAGAGAUGCUUUGCCUUACGCCUUCAGAGUCUCAUAACGACUGCCCAAGAGUCCCGAGCGCGAUACUCUCGAGCUGCAGCCUCUCUGAUGGAAUCCAUUAUUGCUACGCUAGUGCCAGCAUGUUGCAGCGCCAUCGCGGACGCUCGGGACCAAGCCGGACAGCCGCCCAUGAUGCCUCAAUGGCUCCCUUCGGGAUUCAAACUAGCGGACGCAUCAGUUUCCUCGGCGGCGGAUAUUCCUGACUCCCGAGCCUCCCAGCCAUCUUUGUCCUCGACAAAGCCCAGUGACGACAUUCCCACACAACGACAUUCGACUCAGAUUGAAGUUAAGAAACCCCUGCAUUGGUCAAACAAAGAAGGCCAAGUAGCCUCGCGAGGGGGCCGCCUACACACGACCAAUAUACCGGACUGGCAGGCGCCAGCUGCAGAAGUUUUGGCCAGAAAUUUCAGCCAAUACCUGGAAACGUGGGAUUACGACGCGGUUUUGAGCCACGCUAAUGACGUGUUGCUGAACAAUUUCGCGGACAAGCUCGACAAUACAGGACUGGAUGUCCUAACACAGGCGACACCAGAGAAGAAUCUGGAAAAUAUGAAAGUUGCCGCUAUGAAACUCCUGGGCGAUGUCUGCAUGAAGGUUGACCUCGAGAAGGCUGCGCCAGCAAUUGAGGACGUUUUACUUGAGUUACUUGGACUGAUAUGCGAGGAGCACGAUGCAGUUCUUCGUUUUCUGAGUACCAAGGAGGAUAUAUGGGAUUUUAUUGAUGAAAAGCUUCCGGAGGAGUGGGAUUCAGCGAGAGGACCGCAGAUUGCAGAGACUUCCCAGGAGACAGUUGUGUACUUCAUCAGUGACUGGGCCCGGUUCAUGGGGCUAGCGCUUGACUGCAUCUACGAAAAGCAAAUUGACAAAGUCGAGCGAGAGGUCGUUAACGCAAAUUCGGAUGGCGACGUCCCCGCAUUGGUGGACGAACGGAAGGCCUCCCAGGAAUACAACGAAGAAAGGCACAUCACUUUGCUAUUUCACAAGUGGGAGGGUCCUAUUCGAUACACGACGCCUGAGGACAUAGAGGUCGCUGAUCACAUCGAAGAGGUCGCUGUCUAUUGGGGAGCUGGCCCGAGCCUGCUCUCUGAUAUGAAGGAAGCAAUCCGUACAAGUCAUCUCCUGUGUUAUUUGGGUGACGCUCUGGAGAGAUGCAAUAUGAAAGACAGCAAAGUGGGGGAUAACGAUAUGUCGGGGCGUUCCGCGUCCAUCUCGUCUACAUCGGAACUCCUCAGCCAUGUCGCCGCUCUACUGCCGGCCGAUUUAACGCCUUCGCGGUCCGUCUCCACCAGGAGCUGGAGCGAACAUGAGGACGAGGAUGACAGUGACCAAGAGGAGCACAACACGAGGCUGGAGGCGAUCAUGGGAUGCGAACCCUCAAACAAAAUCAUGACCAUCAUGGCAAAGUAA